AUGGACACGCUAGUUUCCGACUCCGAAUGGAUGCGCAAUAGAGGAGUAGUUGCAAUUGCUAACUCUAUUUUGAACGCAUUUGAGAUGGAUACGGCUGUUGCCAUGUUCAUAGAUGCUUCACGUGCUGUUGGGCAUCGCGGGGGUUAUCUGGAAUGUGCUCAUCACGUGGAAGAGGCCUUUGGUCAAGAGUUUGAUACCAGUCAUUGCUCUGUGACCGAUCAGGCUGAUGCUGUGUUAGCUCGCGCUGAAGAAGUCUACGACCAUCUUUCACUGCCAGUUAUGGAUUUGGUCACCGAGGCGUUAAAGCAUGAUGCUUGGAGCGCGCGGCUAAAGGGUAUCCUUGACCCUCCAGAGAUUGUGGAGUUAUCGGAUAAAGAAGAGGUAGCCGGCGGAGAUGGCGAUGGCGAUGGAGAUGGAUAUGGUGAUGGUGAUGGUGAUGGCCAUGAAUAG